CUCCCCCCCCUCUUCCUCCUCACCCUCACCCCGGUCCCGUCCCUCCCUCCCUCACCGUUAGCUCGCUGAAGCUAAGCUAACUUAGCUGUGAUACUUUGUACCCGUGUCGGCGUCAGUUUUUCUGCCGUUAGCUAGCCUGCGGUCUGUUGCGCCACACGGCACUGGAUUGAAGUGCCUCGUCACUCAAGGAGCAUGUUUGAGUGACGAGCAAAAAGAGGAAGUGGGAUCUCUGACGCUCCGGUCCCUCUGCUGGUGGAGCACCCUGCACAUCUGACCAGAGACACCUUUAAGUCACUUGGACAGGAUGAGGAGGUUUGCCUACUGUAAGGUGGUUUUGGCCACCUCUCUGGUGUGGGUGAUGCUGGACAUGUUCAUUCUGCUCUACUUCAGCGAGUGCAACAAGUGUGACGACAAAAAGGAGAGAGGACUGCCCGGGAGAGAUGAUGCCCUGACCAGGCCGCGCGACGGGCCCGGGGAAGGUGGGAAGCCUGUAGUGAUUCCUAAGGAGAACCAGGAGAAGAUGAAGGAGAUGUUUAAGAUCAACCAGUUCAACCUUAUGGCCUCUGAGAUGAUUGCGCUCAAUCGGUCACUGCCUGACGUCCGCUUGGAAGGAUGCAAGAACAAGUUAUAUCCAGAUAAUCUUCCUCGUACCAGCGUGGUCAUUGUAUUUCACAAUGAGGCGUGGAGUACAUUGCUGCGGACCGUCCACUCCGUUAUCGAUCGCUCUCCACACACACUGCUGGAGGAGAUUGUCCUGGUGGACGAUGCCAGUGAACGAGAUUUCCUUAAGCGGCCAUUAGAGCAGUAUGUCAGAAGGCUGGAGGUCCCUGUCCGAGUGGUGAGAAUGGAGCAGCGGUCUGGACUCAUCCGUGCUCGGCUCAAGGGAGCAUCCCUCUCCACUGGCCAGGUCAUAACCUUUCUGGAUGCUCAUUGUGAAUGCACAACAGGGUGGUUAGAGCCUCUGCUCGCCCGCAUCAAGCAAGACAAGAGAACGGUGGUGUGCCCCAUUAUCGACGUGAUCAGCGAUGAUACAUUUGAGUAUAUGGCGGGAUCUGACAUGACAUACGGGGGCUUUAACUGGAAGCUCAACUUCCGCUGGUACCCCGUGCCUCAGAGAGAGAUGGACCGCCGCAAAGGAGACCGCACGCUGCCUGUCAGGACACCCACCAUGGCAGGCGGCUUGUUCUCCAUAGACAGAGAUUAUUUCCAAGAGAUCGGCACAUAUGACGCAGGCAUGGACAUCUGGGGUGGAGAGAACCUAGAGAUCUCUUUCAGAAUUUGGCAGUGUGGUGGGACUCUGGAGAUCGUUACGUGCUCUCACGUGGGUCACGUGUUCAGAAAGGCCACGCCCUACACGUUUCCCGGAGGAACGGGACAGAUCAUCAACAAAAACAACCGACGCCUGGCCGAAGUCUGGAUGGAUGAAUUCAAAAACUUCUUCUAUAUCAUCUCUCCUGGUGUGACCAAGGUGGACUAUGGUGACAUCGCGACUCGCACGGCUCUCAGACAAAAGCUUCAAUGUAAACCCUUCAGUUGGUACUUGGAGAACGUCUACCCAGACUCCCAGAUUCCCCGGCACUAUUACUCCCUAGGAGAGAUCCGUAACGUGGAGACCAACCAGUGUCUGGACAACAUGGCCCGUAAGGAGAACGAGAAAGUCGGCAUAUUCAACUGCCACGGCAUGGGAGGCAACCAGGUUUUCUCCUACACGGCCAACAAAGAGAUCAGGACGGACGACUUGUGUCUAGACGUGUCCAAGCUAAACGGACCCGUCAUGAUGCUCAAGUGCCAUCACCUCAAAGGAAACCAGCUGUGGGAGUACGACUCCGUGAAGCUGACCCUGAUCCACGUCAACAGUAACCAGUGUCUGGACAAGGCCAGCGAGGAGGACAGCCAGGUGCCCAGCGUCAGAGACUGCACACACACGCGCUCCCAACAGUGGCUACUCCGCAACGUCACACUGCCAGAAGUCUUCUGACCACUCUCCGUUCACUCACAAACACACACACUCACACACACAGCGGCCCAGAGUAAGCAAUCAGGGGAACGGACAGUGUUUAUUACAACUGGGCACCAGGAAAGUAAAGACUUCCCAUGAGGGGAUUCGGGAAGAGAGGAGGAUGAUUUGGACGGUACUACCUCUGCCAGAGAUCAGAGGGAGGAGUGUGUUUGACCCUCCACAGAGUGAGACACGAUAAAAGACUCCCUCCAGGAGACGUUGGCUGUUGUUUCACGUUCAUUUUUGUUGUUUUUAAAGAGAUUUUAACCGUGGGGAGUGACCCGCUCCUGGUGGCGUUGGAUAUGAGACUGGUGGUUGGCGGAGUCGAGGUUCUGCACUCACAGCUUCCCUGGACAAAGCAGUCCAACCCCUCAACUCAUCACUUAACGUUUACUGACUGCCUCUUAUGAGAGUGUGUGUGCACUCGUUUUGUGUGUAUGUGUGUGAAUGGGUGUGUGUAUUCUGAGAUGAAUGUGUGCAUUGAGGAAGGGGGCUGAAUUCCUUGUUUUCUUUUUUUUUUUCUUUUUAAUUUAAUUUUGUAAUGGAUUCUGAAAAUGAACUCUGGUGAACUCCUUAUGAAGAAGGGUGCAUGUGUAAACAAGCGUGUAUGUGUGUGUAUGUGUGUGUGUGUGUGACUGUCAUGUGUGCAUAUGUCAGAGCCCCUCCUUACAGUCUUGCAGCAGUGUAUGUCUCCCUCUGGUGUGACUCCUCGGCAUUUCAACCUACAGAGCGGAGCCUCCUCUCUGAGGGACUGCACAUAAAAGACCCGAGAGGAAAGCGAACACGAGGACCCGACGUCUGCCACCGGCAGAGAUCUAGAGAUAGAGAAAUAUGAUGUUUGUGAUAUCUUGAGAUUUGUAUGUCCAGUUUUUACAUGGCUUUGUCUGUUUCUACAGUCCUGUGAGAGUGCCACAGAGCAGUAACCCUAGUCUGUCUGUCCUUCUCUGUUGUCUUUAAAGAUGUUUAACAUAGAGCUAACACACACACACACACACAGAGGACUGCAUAUGUAACUGAUGUUCACUGCCUAAUGUAGUGUUAAACCAUAGGGAUCUCUCCUAUACGGCACUACAUAGUCGCACACACACACACACACACUUAUCCUGUAUACUUAUAGGAAAAAGGCUGCACUAGCCUGAUACUUUAUUCCAUUUUGUCAUAUCUUCUUCUCAAUGACCUCUUUAAAAAAAAAACACUCCAAGGGCUUCUUUCCUCCAGUGGAGUGUGUGGAUGGAUGCAUCAGUGUGGGUGUGAGCGUGUGUCUUCAGUGCUAAUCCCAGUCCAUCAGCUCCCCGUUCACUAGAACAAACGGCUCUCAGAUUCCCUUCCGCUGUUGGACAACCAGAGCCCGUAGCGUAGACUGACGGCAGAUCAGCGCACCCCUGUGUCCGUUGUACAAAAAAAAGCAAAAAGCUGCUUUUAUUUUCUAAAGAGAGCGCAGUCUCCACGCUCUCCCGAGGACGUAUAUCUACAGCAGGAAAAGAAACCUUGAAAGCUUUUGUUAGAAUAUCAAAGAGACGUCGCUGGGGUGUGUUAGGGGCAGAAUAAAAAUGAAGAGCUGAAGGGAGUGAAGAGUUGAA